AUGACGGCUGCUCCAUACAACUACUCGUACAUCUUCAAGUACAUCAUUAUCGGCGAUAUGGGAGUUGGAAAAUCCUGCUUGCUCCAUCAGUUCACUGAGAAAAAGUGUGAGUCAUCGCUAAUCGAAUCAGAUCAGUCGAUCGAUCAAUAUAUCGAUCAGUGACGAUUGCGACAACAAGGAGAACAUAGAAUAACUUUCAGUCAUGGCCGACUGCCCGCACACAAUUGGCGUAGAAUUUGGCACCCGGAUUAUCGAAGUCAGCGGACAGAAGAUCAAGCUUCAAAUCUGGGACACCGCAGGACAGGAGAGAUUCCGCGCUGUCACCCGCUCCUACUACCGCGGAGCCGCCGGAGCGCUUAUGGUCUACGAUAUGACCCGUCGUUCGACUUACAACCAUCUCAGCAGCUGGCUGGCCGACGCUAAAAGUCUGACCAAUCCGAACACGGUAGGUAGAGAAAGCAGCUUGCAGAUUUUGAAAAUGAAUGACAUUUCGGGCCGAAAAUAGUGUCGAAGAGGCGAAAACUGGCACAUGGCAGUUGUUUAGCUCUUGCGGACCUUGUUCACAGCAGAUUUGGACAAGAAUCAGUCAUCGGCACCGCUGUUCUAGUUAAUUUUAGGGUUAGAACUCAUGAAGGAGGCAUUCUAGCUCAGCGCACAUGGCCAGCCGCACCGAUCGAUUGCCAACAACGCGUGCAACAAAAAUGGCCUCCGAGUGGCACACGAAGCUUUGCGAGCGCUAGUGCGCCUAAACAUGCGACAUACCCGACUGAGACUCUGCCCGAUUUUGUUGAGAUAGAUGAAAGCAACAAUAUUCGAUAGAUAAACCAGAAACGAAAAUAGGAGAGUAGGAGAAUGGGGCACAGACUAGCUCAGCUGACCUGUAGGGGAAUGGCGACGCGUUUCGGCACUGAGGGACUCGUUGUGAGAACGGCAUCUAGGCACACUUGCAGCAAAGAACGCAAAUUAAAACAUUGUUUUUCAAGUUUCAAAACUCCAAAGUGUCGAUUUUUAGCCCCUUCGAGAAAAUCUUUCGUUUGUCUAAUCUAUAGACGAUCGAACAAAAUCUGACAUUAUCCAAACACAUAACAUAUUUUAAAUGUUCAAAGCACAAUAAAAAGCAAUUAUUUCAGGCCAUCUUCCUUAUCGGAAAUAAGGCGGAUCUCGAAGACCAACGUGACGUGCCGUAUGAAGAGGCAAAGGCUUUCGCCGAGGAGAACGGCCUCACUUUCCUAGAGUGUAGCGCCAAGACGUAAGGAUUCUUUUUCAUUCUUAUCAAAAUUAAUAGAUGAAUUUGCAGUGGCAGCAACGUAGAGGACGCUUUCCUGGAGACUGCUAAGCAGAUCUACCAGAACAUCCAGGACGGAAGCCUGGACUUGAAUGCCGCCGACACCGGUGUGCAGCCGAAGCAGAGCUUGCCACGUGCCGCUGACAACAAUGGAAAGAAGGACUGCAACUGCUAG